AUGGAGACGGGCGCUCGCCGCAAACAGCUGCGUCCUGCCCGCGUGGACGACGAACGCCAACAGUCACUGGCCACCGUGCUGCCUCACCGCCGAUCGACAGUGACGUCGCCCAUGAACAGCAGUCUGAGUGCUGCCGACGGUCGGUCGACGUCAGCCGAAUCGCCCGUCUUUGACGGUGUCGUGAAGUUCGAGGUCGACGACGAGUCGAGGCUGGAGAUGAUGUCUGGCGAGACGCGUGGACCGUUUCCGGUUAAGGAGCUGCGCGCGUCGAACAGCGAGGCCGAGAACGCCAUCAUGCAAUUUCUUGACAUUGCACUGUUUCAGUUGGUUGACCAGAUGGGAAAUAAGCACUGCUUCGAUGUUGAUUCCAGCGAUCCGUUAAUAAAAAGGAUAAAACCAUGCCCUAAUGCACUCGAGGCGAACUGUAUCAUUUUCCAUGUUGAGUCUCUGAUUCAAAUUUUAAUCACACGAGACAUUCGAGACGACGAGGAUUUGGUGGCGAUUUUUCUACCACAACAACAGCCAUCGACGGCAUCUGAGGAUGCGGAAAAGCGUUCGUUUAAUCUGUCGUUUUCAUCACGCCUUAAUAUAAUGAGUUCAGUAACCGGUGUUCCAUCUACUCUCGUGCCAAGCAUUCAUCACGGAACCUCGGUUGUUUCUCCGCAGAACGUCAUACUCAUGCCGAUCGCCUAUCACGACCAUCGACAUGAAAUAGUGCAAUUGCUCGGUCCACCUCAAACCAUCGUUCCUGUCGCCAUUGGUCGACCAGAAAGCAGUCAGAAUGGCAUACCGCAAAUCGGCGUGCCACUAACCGAUCCGCUUCUGGUUCAGCGCGGCCUGUGUGGUUCUGUCAGCACUCCUACGAAGCUUCAGUUUGUGAUCGGUGACCUUACCGUCACAAUUCCGGUCUUGCCGAUGGAAAUCAGUGGUCCAGCAGGAUUAAAACGCACUGCAGAGCGGCCAGUUUCCACACCACUUGAUCUUUCAAAGAAGCGUCGCGAAGAUGAUUCAGGCAGUUCCGGCACAGCAACACCAACUAACGCCAUUAGGGCUUCCCAUUCGGACGUCGAGAAACCGUUUCUCUGUGCGUGUGGUAUUUCGUUUUCCGCCGACGAGACAUUGAAGGCACACCGACAAUAUUAUUGUAAGAUGGUCGAGCGCCGAGACGACAACAAAGACCCACCGAAAAAGGUGAAAACCCGGUGCAGUCAAUGCGACUAUGAACCUGGCUCUCUAUCGCAGUUAUCAGUGCACGUACGAACCGUUCACAAUGAAGUGCAGGCGUAUGUGUGUCGCUUGUGUGGAUACCGUGGAUUCAGUCUUAGGGGAAUUCGAAGCCAUAUGAGGUCACAUUCAGAGUUGGACGCUAUGAAAUUUGAGUUUCUACUAGCCAAUCACAUCGCAAAAGUGAAAACCGAAAGGAAAACCCCAGAGAAUCAUGAAACCAUGGAACAGGAAUGA